AAAUCACGAGGUCAGGAGGACACUCGCUCACUCUCUGCGGCGGCACUGUCAAAGCUUCUCAACAGCCUCAAUCAACUCUACUACUAGUACAUUACAUAGUUUUCAUCGAACCCUCACGCUUAAUUACCAACACAUUUCACACCAUCGCGCAGCGCAAGAAAGAACUUUUUCUCUCUCCCAUUGUUUUUCAAGAGAGCAUCUCUAACUUAGAAGGACAUGGCUGCGGCAGCAACUCAUAUCACACAACUUUUGGUUGCAAAGCCCUGCGUUUCCGCUUCCCACCAAACUUCUAGAUCGAGCAUACCAUGUUUUGGCAAUGAAACCAAAGGCGCGUCUUGGACAAAGCUUAGGAGUUCGGCGUUUUUACCUGCUACACACACCUUCUACCAAACCUGCCACAGCAAUGCUUCAAAUUCUAAAAGGCAUGCUGUAAAAGCAAUGGCUGCUAGAGGUGAUAAACCAUCUUUGCCAGGAUUGCCCAUUGAUCUGAGAGGGAAGAGGGCGUUUAUUGCUGGCAUAGCUGAUGAUAACGGGUAUGGAUGGGCGAUUGCAAAAUCUCUUGCUGCUGCAGGUGCUGAAAUUCUUGUCGGGACAUGGGUUCCAGCACUAAAUAUUUUUGAGACCAGCCUACGACGUGGAAAGUUUGAUGAAUCGCGCGUGCUGCCGGAUGGUUCUCUGAUGGAAAUUGCUAAAGUCUACCCGCUGGAUGCUGUCUUUGACUCUCCUGAGGAUGUUCCUGAAGAUAUCAAAACAAAUAAGCGCUAUGCUGGCUCUUCUAAUUGGACUGUGAAGGAAGUUGCCGAGUCAGUGAAACAGGAUUUCGGCUCCAUUGAUAUUCUUGUGCAUUCUCUUGCCAAUGGCCCCGAGGUUACUAAGCCUCUUCUUGAAACAUCAAGAAAUGGCUAUCUUGCUGCCAUAUCUGCAUCAAGUUAUUCCUUUGUUUCCCUUCUCAAACAUUUUCUUCCCAUCAUAAAUCCGGGUGGCGCCACGAUUUCUUUGACCUACAUUGCAUCUGAGAGGAUAAUACCAGGAUACGGCGGUGGCAUGAGCUCUGCUAAGGCUGCUCUCGAGAGUGACACACAAGUACUUGCUUUUGAAGCUGGGAGAAAGCACAAUGUGAGAGUGAACACCAUAUCCGCAGGCCCAUUAGGAAGCCGGGCUGCAAAAGCCAUCGGUUUUAUUGACAUGAUGAUCAACUACUCAUUAGAGAACGCGCCCUUGCAGAAGGAGCUUACUGCCGAUGAGGUCGGUAACACUGCUGCUUUUCUGUCGUCUCCUCUGGCAUCGGCCAUCACUGGAGCUGUUGUCUAUGUCGACAAUGGACUUAACGCGAUGGGAGUUGGAGUUGACAGCCCCGUCUUCCGGGAUCUUGAUAUUCCAAGAGCCCCACAGAAUUGAAGAGAGUGAGAGACCUACAUUCAUUCAGCACUGUGACAUUAAAAAGACUUGAUUUUUAGUUUUGAUCUUCAAAUUAACUGUAGGGGGCUCAACUUUCUUGCCA